GUUGGUUAAGACACACUGUGAUGAUACGUAAUUAUAAUUUCGAUAAUUUCACACAUUAUAGACAAAUGUUUGAGAUUAAAAAUGUCUUAAGUUAUAUGGUUUCUUCCGAUUACGUUCAAUCGUACUCCACUGUGAUCUCGCGUGAAGUCCGCUGGUGCUACAAUUCUAUGGGAGAGUGUGUACUCGACUGAAUUUCUUCAACAAAAGCCGAAUGCUUGUCAAACCUCAAACCUGACGCAACGUUGGGACACUGAAUGCUGGCGUUCAGGACUGCUGUGUCUAAGAAGGUUGUUUUGUGGCAGUCUGUUUGUAGCCUGACACAUACCGAGAUUUGUAGCAUGCCCUGUGAAGUGCAGCCCCGGUUCCUGGUUCUAUACGGGUCUCAGAAGGGCCAAGCCCAGUCCAUCGCAGAGGGGAUAGUGGAGGAGGCUCAAGAUCAUGGGCUGGUAGCAGAACUCAGCUGCUUGAACCAGACUGAGAAGUUCAAUUUGGAGAAAGAGAAUGCUCCUGUGGUCUUUAUUGUGUCAACUACUGGAGAUGGGGAGCCACCAGACAAUGCCCUCCAAUUUGUAAAGCACAUGAAGAAGAAGACCCUUUCCACUGACCACUAUAAACACCUUCGCUAUACACUCUUAGCUUUAGGAGACACAAACUAUGCAAAUUUCUGUAACUGCGGAAAGACAAUUGAACGUCGUCUUCAGGAACUUGGAGCCGAACAGUUCUAUAAUACAGGCUAUGCAGAUGAUGGUGUAGGGCUAGAGGUGGUUGUGGACCCCUGGCUCGAAGGACUGUGGAAAGCUAUCAAAGAAGCCUUAUCAAAAAUGGCUUCUGACAGAAUUGCUCUGUUGAAAGAGGAUGCUGGGAGUUCAUCAAAGGAAACUCCUGAUUCAUACACACCAAAUGUCCAACUUAACCUCCUAAGCCUUAGUGACCAACAGGACUGCCAUAUAGUCAGAGCAUCUGCUGACACGGACUCCAAAUAUGCAACUGCUGAUUCGAUUCCUGCUUCUGCCACACAAACUGCUAUUUCAGAUCUCAGCUGUGAUCCUACUGCAGGAAUCCCAGUGUCGGUGCCCCAGACUAUUGCCACUGCCAAUGCUUCUAUAUCAGCGCUGGACACACAGACGGAGUAUGCUGGAGAUCCCCAGGCAGCCUCACUUUCACGCUCUCUGCCCCCGCUGUCAGAGUCUUCUCUUAAUGUUCCUGCUCUUCCUCCUCCCUACCUGGACGUCUCACUUCAGGAUGUAGACACUGUAGAACAGAAUAUUGGACGAUUAAACAAUGAAAGUCUUAUUGAGGUCCCGAUACACAGGGCAGUUCAACUGACCAGAGGAGAUUCAGUCAAGACGGCCGUCCUCUUAGAGUUGGACAUCUCUGCUCACCCGGAGAUGUUUUUUGAGCCCGGGGAUUCGUUUGAUGUGUUCUGUCCAAACAGAGCCACAGAGGUGGAGGCGAUGCUCCACAGAUUGGGUCUUCAGGACAAGAGGAACCACCGUGUCCACGUGUCUCUGAAAAAGGAGACUAAGAAAAAAGGUGCUCAGGUGCCAUCCUACAUCCCUCAGAACAUUUCAUUGCUGUAUUUAUUCACAUGGUGUCUAGAGAUCAGAAGCGUUCCUAAGAAGGCAUUUCUACGAGCGCUGGUGGAGCAUACUGGGGACAGUGUGCAGAGGAGGAGACUGCAGGAGCUCUGCAGUAAACAAGGUGCCGCAGAUUACAACCUGCAUGUGAGAGACCUGAGCCUCAGUGUUCUGGAGCUUCUCACUGUCUUCCCGUCCUGCUCGCCUCCUCUCCGCCUCCUCAUAGAGCAUUUGCCGAAACUGCAGCCCAGGCCUUAUUCAGCAGCCAGCUCCCGUCUUAAGCACCCAGGAAAGCUGCAUUUUGUCUUCAACGUGGUAGAGUUCCCAGCAUGCUAUGGGAGGCCUGCUGGGAAACGAGGCUUGUGUACCGGUUGGCUGUUUGACCUCAUCAAUCGUGGCCUGGUUUUCCCUGGGAAGGCUGAGUGCUCUGACAGCCUGGCUCUGCCUACGAUCCAUGUGAGUCUGAGAAGCAACUGCUCCUUCAGGCCUCCCUCUGAUUUGUCAGUGCCCUUCAUCAUGAUUGGACCAGGUACAGGAGUGGCCCCCUUCAUUGGUUUCCUUCAGCAAAGGGAGAAGGAGAGGCAGGAGAAACCUGAGGCUGUGUUUGGCGAGACCUGGCUGUUCUUCGGUUGUCGCCACAGAGACAGGGACUACCUGUUCAGAGAGGAGCUGGAGGGCUUUCUGUGCAGCGGCGUCCUGAACCACCUCAAGGUGUGUUUCUCCAGAGACGAGCCGGAGCAGGAGGAGGAGCAGGUCACCGCCUCAGCCGCCCGACCCAGAUAUGUCCAACACAUCCUGCUGCGUAACGGCCGAUACGUCACAGAUAUCCUGCUCAAACAGAGCGGUUACCUCUAUGUCUGCGGGGAUGCAAAGAACAUGGCUAAGGAUGUGAAUGACACGCUGAUAGAGAUCAUCAAAGCGGAGCUCCGCGUGGAUCAAUUUGAGGCCAUGAAGACACUGGCGGGGCUGAGAGAGGAGAAACGCUACCUUCAGGACAUCUGGGGUUGACAGGGGCUGACCAGAUGAGUGCUCCUCACCUCAAGUAUCCACUGAGCUUCUUUACAACAAAAAAAUCUGCACGCUCAGCUGUAACCUCUACUACCAUAACAUCAUAGAUGCUGAAGCCUGGAGGUAGUUUACGCCACCCAGUGCUACUGAUACAGAGUGCGAUGAAAUGUUAGCCUGGGGUUCACUGCAUCAUCUUGGGCUUUGCUGUUUGAACAGAAAUGACCUUGGUCAGAGCAGUAGUGUUGGAGAUUGCACCUGCAGUGUGAAAAUGUGUGUUUUAGUGGAGAGAAAAGCCUCCACUCGUCCUGCCUGGUUGGAACACUUUAACUGCCGUCGGCUGUGAUGGAGCGAUUUUGACGAGACCGAGAGGCAGAAUUUCACUCCAACCAAGAUGGAAACAACAAUUUAAAGAUUUUCAAACACAGACACAAAUUAAAUUGUCAUUCAGGGGCAACAUUUGUGUCUAUGCCAAACCAUAGUACAUGCAGCUCAGCUUAACUCUACAAGUCAAUAUCUAUAAUAUUUAUUCCACAAAUACUGCACAAUAAUUUGAUUCGAUUAUGUUAUCAUCACAUUCUUUCAUCUCAUAUAUUGUGGAUAUUGUUGAUUUAUACUGUUGUGCUCCAGUGUUUGAGAUCCUGAUAAAAUGGCAGACUGACAACGUGACAAAUAAAGUCCAUGGAGAGGAGGACGUGGUUAAUAUUUUUUCAUUACUCUGUGUCGAGCGUUGAAUACACAGGGCUUAAAUCUCAAUGAUGACGCUCAGCUCUGACCAGAAGCAGUAAAUCUAACUCUCUAUGCGUCCUCCAUGGUUUAUUUGAUGGUUAGUCCUGCACAACUGACUGAAUUCUCCCACACUGUGGUUAAAACAAACACGAAACUGCUCCAUAUUUGAUUAGCAAUUAAAAGAUAUUUCAGGAUAAA